GAGACGAGCUGCUAUAAAUUACGACCUCAAGCCGUGAGCCCGAUCGCAGAUCUGCUCGGACGCUGCUGGUGAUUCGUAAGCUCCUCGGUCGGAACAAUAGGGAUAUUUGUCUCAACUCCUGGUAGUAGUAGUCCUCAAAUUCGACAACAGGGAUCAGCCAUGCCUUUCGGUAAUACGCACAACCAGCUCAAGAUGAAGUACACCUCGGAGCAGGAGUACCCGGACCUCAGCAAACACAACAACCACAUGGCCAAGAUCCUGACUCCGGCCAUGUACGAGCGGCUGAGGAGCAAGGAGACACCCAGUGGAUUUACUCUGGAUGAUGUCAUUCAGACUGGGAUUGACAACCCAGGCCACCCCUUCAUCAUGACGGUGGGCUGCGUCGCAGGAGACGAGGAGACGUACGAGGUCUUCAAAGAGCUCCUGGACCCCGUGAUCGAGGACCGCCAUGGAGGCUACAAACCCUCCGACAAGCACAAGACCGACCUCAACCCGAGCAACCUGAAGGGCGGUGACGACCUUGACCCCAACUACGUCCUGAGCUCCCGAGUCCGAACAGGCCGCAGCGUACGCGGCUUCUGCCUGCCGCCUCACUGCAGCCGAGGGGAGAGGCGCGCUGUGGAGAAGCUCUCCAUCGAAGCCCUGGCCUCUCUGAGCGGAGACCUCAAUGGAAAAUACUACGCCCUGAAGAACAUGACGGAUGCGGAGCAGCAGCAACUCAUCGACGACCACUUCCUGUUUGACAAGCCAGUGUCUCCUCUGCUGCUGGCCUCCGGGAUGGGCCGCGACUGGCCCGACGCCAGGGGCAUCUGGCACAACGAUAGCAAGACAUUCCUGGUGUGGGUGAACGAGGAGGACCACCUGCGCGUCAUCUCCAUGCAGAAGGGCGGCAACAUGAAGGAGGUGUUCAAUCGCUUCUGUACCGGACUCACCAAGAUCGAGACCCUGUUCAAGGAGAGGAACCACGCCUUCAUGUGGAACGAGCACCUGGGCUACGUCCUCACCUGCCCCUCCAACCUGGGCACUGGCCUGCGUGCUGGUGUGCACGUGAAGCUUCCCAACAUGAGCAAAAAUCCCAAGUUUGAGGAUGUUCUCAAGAAGCUGAGGCUCCAGAAACGUGGAACUGGUGGAGUCGACACGGCCGCUGUGGGCGGAGUGUUCGACAUCUCCAACGCAGACCGACUGGGCUUCUCUGAGGUGGAGCUGGUGCAGAUGGUGGUGGAUGGAGUCAAGCUGCUGGUGGAGAUGGAGAAGAAGCUGGAGAAGGGCCAGUCUAUCGAUGACAUCAUGCCCGCCCAGAAGUAAAACCGUGGUGACGCCCCCCAACACUGAAUGAAUGACUCUGUCCCAGUUUGGAUUUGUUUGUGUAUUUAAGACAACUGUUCCUGUAAGGAUGGAAAUAAAAUAAACCUGUUUCAACAUGA